AGUUUAAUGUAUGCUUUGUAUACUAGAAAUUUUUCUCUAAUUUUUCAAUGUCGCUUUUUCGUGAGCUUUGACUCAAGUGCACGACCUCUCGAGGGGCCCUUCCCUUUGUGGGUAGUGAAACGAUGUACCUGAUUAUGCAGGAUAUUUGAAUAGAAAGAUAAUGGGAAGCAAGCCUACAAGGCUGAAAUUCAGGAAUAACAUGGUUAAUAAGAAUUAAUUAUGAAGAAGAACUAUUCCUUGUUUAAAUUGUUGUUGUAAGCUUUUAUUCGUUCGUUUAUUCAAUUUCCUAAGUGAAUUAAAAUGUCAAUUCCUGAACGUCCUUCAAAUACUGAUAUCUUCCCCGUGCAACAUGGUUAUGGGGAUAUAAAGGUUAACACGCACUCUUAUAGUGAUGAACCAACACCAUUAGCUGGUCAUGAAAAUAAAGUUAAUGAAUUUAUUUCUGAUCAUACUGAUAGAGAACAUCAAAAGAAAUAUGCCAAGGAGAUAUUUGGGUUCUUAUUAAGGGCAUUGUGUAAUUAAGAAUUACAAUUCAAGAAAAUAAAGUAAAGGAAUUAUAUUAUGUAUAUAAUCCCAAUAGAUUGUAUAAAUUAAGUAGUAAUAAUAGAUAAAUAUAAGAAAUA